UCAAUACCGACGGAAUAUUCCUAACACUGGUUUUCCGCUCUACGUCGACGAUGCCGUCGUUUUCAGUGCCUAAAUAAAGACGUCCGAGACUAUUGAAAAACUAAAUGCCUAAACGUAUAGGUUUGACUGUUAUCCACGUCUCCAGUGAGGACUCCAAAUACAGGGCGUUGGAAUUAAACGCACAUGGACCGGCAGUUAAGGGAUGGCAAUCGGCCAGAAAUUGCGAAUAUCCCCAGGAAAUUGUAGUACGGCUGGAAAAGAGGUCCAUGCUAAGCAAAAUACAGAUACUCGCUCAUCAGUAUCUCAUACCAUCGAAAAUAGAGCUAUAUAGCAGCAACGAGGACACCAAUAUAGUAAAGAGCGUGGCCAACAUCAACUGGGAUUAUAUCGGAUACAUUACGCUGUCCAAUAAUGAAACCACCGAGUUCAAGAGUAGGGAACUCAAAUCGGCCAACGUACCCAAAAUUGUAGCCACAUUCAUGAAGCUCAACCUGCACGACAAUCAUUCCAAUCCCUUCAAUAUCCACGAACAGGUGAGUCUGAUUGCUAUUAACGUGCUCGGUACUGAUAUCGAGGGGAAGCGGACAUGCGACGAUGAAAAAGACGUUUCCAAAUUGGAAGAAAUUACAAACAACCCAGACUAUACCUCUCCUUACGACGAUUUAGCCUUCGAGAUGUACGUGGCUACAGACGUUGCCAAAAUCAUUAGAGAUAUGGAGAUUAAGAAGUAUUUAGCUGUGACUAAGGAACGCUUCGAAUACGCCAGGAAAUUGAAACACGCUAUGCUCAAGCUGAAGUCAGCCGGAGAAAAGCUAGGAAAAUAUGAGCUUGAAAAACGGCAUGCCAUCGAACUGGAAGACUACGAUAGAGCUAGACACAAAAAAGAUCAAAUAGAGGACUUUAGGAAUGAGGUUUUUCAAGAACUGCGAGUGGAGGAGCUACUUGAAACCAAUGGACCCUGUCCAAAGAACGACGAAUGUGCCGAAGUUACCGACAAUAGGCAUCUUCUGUCACCAACAGCAGUCAAAUCGGAGAGAAGGACAAGUUCGCCCAGCCAAGUGUCGCCCCUGCAUGCGCCCAGACACCAGAGUCCCAAAAUGGGCUCCCCUAGCACUGGAAGUCCCACAAGUAUGCAGAAUAGGGGGUCGUUUAGAAGGAGAAACAAAUCCGCAGGGGCGAUUACCAAGUCGACAUAUGAAAUGUACGAAGAAAAACCCCUGCCGGCCUUGAGACAUUCUCAAACAAACGAAUUCCUGAGGGAAUGCCAAUUGGAUCAGGAACACAAAUCCUCGUCCAAACUGACUGAGCGCGAGAAAAAACAGGCGAGCUUGCCUAUUCUAGUGUUCGGCAAUGAAUUGGUGGAAAGGUUCUACUCCAAACACUAUGCCGACAAGGAGGAAGGUCUCAAUCGACUCAAAGAGGAGCUGCUUUGUUACGACAGUGCCAGGAUGCACACGGCCAACAAAACCGCCCGUGCUGCUAUCUUUCUGUUACAUAGAUCCUUGAGAGACAAGGUAUUUACGGUUUACAGUCUGGCGAAUGAGGUUAUCCGAAUCUUUUUCGUCCAAUUCGUUCCAGGCAGAGUGGCUCCCGCAGAAGUUUCGCGAAGCGUCGACAAGGUGUUGCCGGAACUUUUGACAAAAUCGGGCGACACGAGCGCUAGGAUACACCAUAUGGCCGUCCAUACCAUCCUGACGAUGGCCGAUGUUAAGUGCGUAAGAGAGCUUCAUAUAAUUCCCGUUCAUUUGAGUAGGCCCGUUAGUAGCAGCACUCAUCCUAGAUUAGCGCUAAGUAGAGCCGAAAUGGUCGAGCAGCUCAUCAUCAACCACGGAAUAUCUACCGACAAGCAGAGUGGGUUAACGUGUAGAACGUUAUCGGAGUUUGGCGCGAGCGGUCUGCACCAUCCUGCCGAAGCCGUGAGAAAAGUGUCGGAGAGAAUAUUGGUACUGGUCUAUAAGGUGAAUCCGAGGAUGGUUAGGAAACAACUUCCACCCGACGAUGAUAUCACGCGACGAAACCUGCUCUAUCGUCAGUUAUUUCACGAGUUUGAUAAUAUCGAUUUACGGAGAAAACAGGAAGCGCUGGAACGCAACAGGAUUAUCCAGCAAUGCUCUGUUACUUCCAAAAUGGACUGUUUCAGCCCCGAACCCGAUGAAAACAAAAGUGAUAUUAAUAGGUGCAUCAGCACUGACAAUAUGCAUCCUGCAGCUGAUACCUCCAACCAAGAAACGUCGAAGAGUAACAGUUAUGUUUUGGCCAAGAGUCUGAGUGGUGGAAAUUUGGCUCAGACUAAUGGAGUUCAUAAAGCUGGCGACAAACAGAGUUCUAGCUCAACUAGCGCCGUUUCUAGUCCCAGCGGUCAUUCGCAGAAGGGAGACGAAGACAAGCACUGUAUCUUCUGCGGGCAAACCGAAUCCGAGAUCCUCUCGAUUAGUAAUUCGAUGAAUUCGCACUAUUGGCGGUCCUGUUUAAUGUUGGUACGCUGCAGUGCGUGUAAUCAGGUGGUAGAGGUGGCAGCGUUGACCGAUCACUUGGUCACCGAGUGUGAACAGCACCUAUCCUACACGCAAUGUUCAGGUUGUACCGAAGCUGUAAAGAUUGAGAAAUACCAGGAACACCGAUGCAAAGAAUUAACCGAAGGAUGCACGAGGUGUCCGCUUUGCCACGAAGACCUAGACACCGACGAGUUGUGCUGGAAGAACCACUUUACGGGCCAAAGCCCGUGUACCAAAAACACCAGAAUUAAAAGCGUCCACUCGAAGCAAGUCAAGAUACAAGUGUAAUUGUCACCAAUCCGUUGCCUAAAUUUUUAAUGUUAUAAUGGCGAUUUGCGUCGCGAUCGAAUGUGAUUGUUCAGCAUUUAGAAAAUCGAAUUUAGGAUUUAGGAAACAAAUUAAAAUUUUUGUUCGGCCAAAUCAAAAUCGCACUGCUUUCCAACUGCUCCCAAUUAACAUUUUCUUGUUUUAUAAUGAUAUCGGUUAUGUUUCGAUUACCUAGUUUAUAAAACCUGAGAACCUGUCCAUUGUUCUUGAAACGUAAUCGCUGCUUUCAUAAAACCAAAUUUAAAUCCCAUAUAAAACUUUUACUCGUCAUUUAUUUGUAACUAAGAUGUUUCCCUUACCUUUAUAUACCAUAAAUAAGUUUUAUGAGGGCAUGAAAUACAUUUUCAUUAUCACUAUAAAGCCUAUCUAUAGUGUUUUUAAACAUCCAACAAAAAACUGCUUCAUUUCCCUUCACCUUUUUCUAUAUUACUUCUUUAAAAUAUAAUUUAUUUCGUGUCCUCGUCAUUGUAUUUUGAAUUUACCCUAAGAUUGACACCAAAGGAUUUUUCCUCUGCCAUUAUGUAAAAAUAUCUCAUAUAAUCGCAUAUUUUAAAUAAUAUUGCUUAAAAGACAAUGGAAGAGCAACGUGAAAACCAAUUGAAAACUAUUAAGACACACACAGAACGUGUUACGACGCGUCGAUCGGCGUUCCUGUUUCUGUUCCUGCAUACUGCACUCAGUGGAACCUCUCAGAAUCGGACUUCAACUUUUCGGCUUAUGCAAAAUUACGGAACUACCGCUCACUACCGGAGUUCUUGGUGACCCUUUUUCAAAACCAUGGGGGAAAAACUGAAAAGCUCAUCGCAUAGAUGAGGAUGUGCGAUUAUCUAUUUGAUGCCUCUCACCAGUGGUACACAAAUGUAUCGAAGAAGGCGGAUGCUUGGAGUGAAAAAAGUGAGAAUCACAGGUGAGAACGAAUAUCUACCCAUAGGUAUACCUUAAACACACGGCUAAUCUUCCCCGAGUUGCAACUUGUCUCUUCCAGUUUAUUGUAAUCAAAAUUAGACUGCAUUAGAUCGUGAGUUCUUCAAAAUUGUGUUUUGACACUUCACUUCAUGAAAGCGCAUAGUUCUUCCCACAUUUGAUUUACUGGGUGAAGCCAUUACCGGCUCCUCCAAUAUAACUCUUAAUUAAAGCAAGAAGAAGUAAAGCUUGCUGUACAAACUCAACUAGAAUACUGGAGCGCCCGCCCAGAUCACACUGGUUGUGUUAAGUCAAUAUCGCCGAACGCCGCGUUGAGGGGCGUUCCAUAAACGCUACGUUAUAACGCUUUCUGUGUGUUUGAGCCUUUAGCGCGUACAUUUCAAAUGCAAAUGAUGCAAUUUUAACCUUACUUUUCAGUUGUUGUUUAUUUAUUCUGUUUAAGUUUCUAUAAAUAACUUGAUAAAGUCUAGAUAGAAUGAACGCAAUUCCGGAAUGGGACACUACCCACUAGCCACUUGAGCUAGCGUCACUGACGGUGCAUAAUGCAUAUUUAAAGAAGCAUUUUCCAUUUUAUACCCAUUUUUGCUGGACUCAUAUUUGUACAAAUUGCCUGGAGAUACAAGAAUAAUCAAGUGAAAAAUAUUGAAAAGAACACAAGACGCAGACAUUUAAUGGUUGCCUAGGCAACUGCGUUGGCCGACCGCAUCUGAACAAUAGCAAUCACCACGUGCUGUCCCAUUCUCAAAUUACGAUCACUAUAUAAAUGAAAUAUGCUCUUCAGAUUGUGCAAACAAAGGAAGGAAAAACAGCACCGUCAUUGAAAGUCGAUGAAAAUUUAUGAGUGAUAAAAUAUCAAGAGUAAAGAUAUUUUUAAGAAAGCCAUAAGACCUUUUUAAAAUACCUGGAGACGUUUUGAAUGCAAUAUUAUAAAACUUAAAGUCUUUUGGAUUGGUAUUACAAAAGUUUUACCACCAAUGGUUUUCUUAUGAAACUAUAAACACUCUUAUGAAAGCUGGAGUUUCCUAACAACAACUUUAAGCUGCGAGAAUUGUUAGUUGGGCUGCAGUUUUUUUGAAAUUUGAUUUUUUUAAUAUAAUUGCGGUUUCGGAAAGAUCGACCUUUUCGCAUCAAGUUAAAAAAUCAACCAG